AUGUUGAAGACACUAGCUCAGUUAGUGUUUCUUGCGUUUACUGUUCCAUGCUUGAGCCAUUCUGGGUUCUUUAUAAAACUUUUCACUGACUCUGGAUUGGAGAUCAGUUGUCCUUCAGGAAAUCCUAUCUACAUCAAUCCAGUCUCUGCUGAUCUCCAACAAUGCCAUCAACAACUCGGGGUUUACAAUGAGACCACAUGCCCUGGAGGGACUGUCUGUGAACGGUUUCCAAUCCUUGUACCUGAGUUUCAGGAUUACUGCUGCUGGGAAACGAAAACUCCUACAGAAGAAGACAGACUUGGGGGGAAAACAAUCUCUCCAGAAGAAAUCCCUCCGUUCAGUCGACGAGGUGCACCGGAUAGAGGAGUUGUGAAGGGAAUCGUAGAGCGUCCAAGGACUGUCGUAUCCACCGAAGAUGAAAUUGAAGAAGUCGGAGAGAUGGAAGACCGAGAAAGAGGAUCAGUUAAGGCAAUCAAACCCUCACCUUCUCCAAGCGAAGAAGAUGAGUCCGAGUGGGAAAAUGAGCCAACGAAACGCACAAGAAGGCCUCGUGGUAAGAAAGUGACUGCAACCACAACACAAAUGCCGGAACCAACGACGAAGAAGCCUGCUCCGAAUCAUCGCCUUCCGCAGUGCAACAAUCCGGAUGAGUCGGUCUUUAUUGACUAUGGAAAUCGUCUCAGAGAUUGUUAUUUUCAGCAAUGUGGACGUGGAUAUCGUUGCGAAUUCAAUAAAUACAUAAGGAGAUUUAUAUGUUGCGGUCAAGACAGCGGUAUUGUCCCGCCCCCAGGCUUACCGAUGAUUCCGGCACCAAAACCGCUCAACCCACGACCUUUCCGUCCUCCACAACGCCCUUUUCAAAUGCUUAGCGAUGGAGAAAUAGACGUGAGCGAUGGUCCUCGCUAUCGAUCAAAAUCUUCCUGUUGCGAAGAGAAUGAUUGCAAUGAUUAUGGAGGACGUCAAUGGGAAAGAGGGUGCAAGAAUACAAGGUGUCCUGACGGUCAAAACUACGUUAACUGUAGAGGCAGAGAUCAUGAAGAUGACUUGGGCGUGAUGGAGAGGCGCGGCUCUCCUGUAAACCCAGACUUUCGUGGAGCAGAGACUGACUUUCAAGGAAAUGAAUGCAAUAUGAAGCACGAAAAAGGCAAUAGAUGUCCAUUCUCUCAGAGUAGAGUUGAAAUGAGUAGAGGAAAUAUACAAGGAUUACCCUUAGUGAGGGGAGACCUACAAUCCAUGCGUGGUCCGGAAAUUUUUGGAGCACAGUCUCAACGGGAGGUUGUUACUCAAGCGAUGAACAAAUUCAGCCCCAUGACAGACCUUGAUCCGCAACCAUUUGAGCAGCAUAGGAUGAUUCAGCUACCAUCCAAAGAGUUGCGACCAUUACCACCAAGAGUUGAACAAGUGCGCAGCGACGAAGAGUUCCUUAUAAAUGCGUUACCUCCUCUUCGACGAGAAGUUACUCAAGGACAAAUUCAGUCUCCGAGUCCACGAGGUCGUGCUCUACAACCAUUUCAUAAGCUCAGCAAUCCGAGCACAUCGAGUUUGCAAAAUGAAAACGGCAGAAUUCAGGGAACAGGAAGAUUUCCGAAGCUUGGGUCAAAACACGUACUUCGUGCUUUGACCUAUGCUUCGGAAACCUGGGCACUUCGCAAGCAGGAGGAAAAUGCGCUGAGCGUCACUGAACGCUCAAUCGAGAGUGAUACUAGGCACAUCCCGCUUCGCGCAAGUGAGGGACGGGAUUUGAAGUUCUGUCCUACAUCAGGGAUCGAAGAUUAG